AUGGACACACUCAACCUCUACAUCCUCACCUUCAAUUGCGCCCGAAACCUGGUGGACGUGGACCGGUUCGCCCACCACUUCUUCGACUCCCUGCCCGUCACCGACAAUUCCAGCAACACCUCCCCGUCGCAUCCUCCACCACCUCCUCCCGACUUCAUCGUGCUCUCGCUCCAAGAAAUCGCCCCGAUCGCGUACGCCUUCCUGGGAGGCUCGUUUCUGACACCGUACUUCGCCGCAUUGAGCAACGUCGUGGACCGCGCGGUCGCCGAACGCUGGGGAGAUGAUGUCCAUUACGUCAAUCUCGUGACGGACAACUCCGGGAUGACCGGGUUGAUGGUAUUUGCCCGGUCGGACGUGGCAGAGGAGAUCGCCUGGCUUGAGACGGCGCGGAUUGGCUUUGGGUUCCAGGAGAUGGGGAACAAAGGUGCCGUGGGGGCGCGACUCGGGUGCAGGGGAGGAGAAGGAUCACAACAUCCCGUAGAGCUGACCUUUGUGGCGGCGCAUCUCGCCCCGAUGGAGUGGGCGGUGGAGCGCAGAAAUGCGGAUUGGCGCAGCUUGGUUGAACGGCUGGUCUUUGAGCGUCAGGACGGUCGAGUCGCGGGCGAUGCUGGUGCUGCAGCAGCGGCGGGCCGGAGGCCUGUCGAGACAGAUGAGGAUGGAUCGGAGAGUGCGCCCCUGUUACAGGAGUCUACAACGGCUUCACCGGUCGGGCAACAGCGCGAGGGCCGGGGCAUCUACGUCCCUACGAGCUACCUCUUUCUGGCAGGGGACCUCAAUUAUCGCACGGCCGACAGAUCGCCGCAUCCAGGCGAUCGGACGAGCAGAUUCCCCCGGGUGAACGUAGAGACGUCCGACCCGCGCCAUUACUCGCAGCUGCUCAAGGAGGAUCAGCUGCGUCGGGAAAUGAGCCAGUCGCGAUGCUUUCAGGGCCUGUCGGAGGCACCGAUCACCUUCCCUCCGACGUACAAGUACAGCCUGGCGGCACGUCACGCCGUAAGUCAGGCGCUGGGCGAGCACGCAUUGUCGCAGGACUGGCAGUGGACGGGGACCCGCUGGCCCAGCUGGUGUGACCGUGUGCUGUACCUGGACCAGCCCGGGCAGCCCGUCCGGCCGUUGAAGUACGACGCGCUGCCGUUGUUUCCAACCUCUGACCAUCGUGCCGUCGCCCUGGCGGUCUCCGUCCCGGCCCGGUCAAUGCGACGAGCAGAUGCGCUGGCCCAACUACCGGCGGCCCCGUUCCCGAUCGACCCGGACUGGGCGCGUAGACGAGAUACGGCGCGGAGAAAAGAGCUUGUAGUGGGCUGUGUCGCGUAUCUCGGGCUGACCUGGGAGGGCAACGGGGUGUUGGUGGCCACGGUGGUUGGGCUUCUAGGUGCAUGGCUCGUGCUUCGCUCACUGUUGAACGCCUGA